CCAGUGGACCAAUCGGGUCUCCACAACCCGCGCGUGGGGCGGGUGUCGGAUGCCGGCGGUACAAGGCCGCCAAGGCCUCUGGAAACGGCCGGCUGGAAAGUUUUGGAACCUGUGAGGUCCGAGUUCCAUGGAUCUCCUAGCGCAGUACAGUGAUAGCGAGGGAGAGGAAAAGCCCAAGGCAAAGACAAGUUUGCCCACUGGCGCAGCACCCAAGGCCGUGAAUCGCAAACCCAUCGUGGGCGUGGAUGACGUGGCCUUAAUGCCAGUGGUGGAUGCCGCGCCGAACGUCGAAACCAUGGGAAUGAGCAUGGUGGCGAAGUGGGCCUACAAUACCGCGGACAAGCGGAUCUUGACCAACCCCACGAUUGAGGCGCUGAGCAAACCUUUGCAAGGACCCAUUCCAGAGGGCAAGUUGACCUUAGAGGAGAGCUUCAACAACCACAAGAUGGGUCGAGUAGAGAAGGCAGCCAUGAGUAAGUUUGCCUUCGAUGAGCAGUACCUGACCUUUCACAACUUUGGCUAUGCGGCCAAUCCUUGCCGACAGAUUCCGGAGGGUGAAGAAAUCUUGGUAAGCACGGAAGCCAACCAUCAAGCUGGUCGCGGAAUCUGGGAUAAGCCCCGCAAGAGGCAAAGGCUCGAGGGCCCUGACAUGGAGGGGCCUGGCAAGGGUCAUGCCGAGUCAGAGAGGUGGGGCGGCUUCAUCGACGGUGAGGUGGUCCGGAAGCAGUUGGAGGUCGAGGUCAAGGCACGAGAGGAGGAAGUCGCGAGACGAGCCGAAGAAGAGAAAGCGGUGGAAGGAGAAGAGCGAGAGACCAAGGAAAGGGUUACUUCCAUCUUCCAUGGCAACAAGGAGACUGACUAUGCUGGUAGAUCUUGGAUUGAGAACAAGACCAACAGCACCAAAGACGUGGAUGAUAAGCAGUGUUUCUUGCCUAAGAAGUGGGUCCAUACCUGGACAGGGCACACCAUGGGGGUGUCCAAGAUUCGAUGGUUUCCCAAGACGGCUCAUCUUCUGCUUUCUGCUGGUAUGGAUGGCAAGAUCAUGAUCUGGGACUACCACAAUCAGCGAAAGUGCCUGCGGAGCUACUUGGGACACGAUCAGGCGGUCCGGGACAUCGCCUUCUGUGCAGACGGUCGGCGGUUCUACAGUGUCUCCUACGACAAAAAUAUUCAGUAUUGGGACACUGAAACGGGAAAAGUCAUUGCGACUUUCACCAACAAGAAGACGCCUUUCUGCGUCUCUAUUCAUCCAGAUCCCUCUCAGCAGAAUGUCAUCGUGACGGGCUGUUCCAACAAGAAGGCGGUGCAAUGGGACUCGAACACCUGCGAAAUCGUGCAGGAGUACGACGAGCACAUGGGAGCCGUCAAUACCGUGACCAUCUGUGAGGAUGGGAAACGUUUGCUGACGUCUUCUGAUGAUAAGAAGAUGUUCCUAUGGGAAUUUGGCAUCCCGGUGGUGAUCAAACACAUCGCGGAACCAACGAUGCAUUCGAUUCCCCAGGUCGU